UGCAUCAGAGAUUCUAUUAUAAACGACGCCAUCUCUCUCAACAGACCCCAGCCAGCCAGGCUUCCCUUUUUAUCUUUCGCCUCUUCCCUCUUUUUUCUCCACAGUUACCCAAUCUAGGGUUUUAGCUCUUUGCUUCUCUCUGUCUCUCCGUACUCUUCCUUGUUUGCUCUCUCAACAUGAGUAACGAUAAGGAUAACUUCAGCAUGGCUGAUCUCACCGCCGCUUUUAACGACGAGGAUAGAGCUGGCCUUGUUAAUGCUCUUAAGAAUAAGCUACAGAGUUUGACUGGACAGCACUCUGAAUUGCUCGAGAACCUAUCUCCGACUGUUAGGAAGCGUGUUGAGGAUCUCAGAGAGAUCCAGAGUGAACACGAUGAAUUAGAGGCAAAAUUCUUUGAGGAGAGAGCAGCCCUUGAAGCGAAAUAUCAGAAAUUGUACCAACCAUUGUACACUAAGCGAUACGAUAUUGUGAAUGGUGUUGCUGAAGUUGAAGCUACAAAUGAAGUGGCAAUGGAUCAAGAUGGGGGAAAGGCUGGAGAAGAGAAAGGUGUUCCUGAUUUUUGGCUUGUCGCAAUGAAGAACAAUGAAGUGCUAGCUGAGGAGAUUACUGAGCGUGAUGAAGGAGCUCUCAAGUACCUUAAAGAUAUUAAGUGGUGUAGGAUAGAGGAUCCCAAGGGAUUUAAGCUUGAGUUCUUCUUUGAUACUAACCCUUAUUUCAAGAACUCUGUUUUGACAAAAACAUAUCACAUGAUUGAUGAAGAUGAGCCCAUUCUCGAGAAAGCAAUAGGAACUGAGAUCGAAUGGUAUCCAGGAAAAUGCUUGACCCAGAAGCUUCUUAAGAAGAAGCCCAAGAAAGGAUCCAAGAAUGCCAAGCCAAUUACUAAAACUGAAGACUGUGAAAGUUUUUUCAACUUCUUCAGUCCACCACAAGUUCCUGACGAUGAUGAAGACAUAGAUGAAGAUACUGCUGAGGAAUUGCAAAAUCAGAUGGAGCAAGAUUAUGACAUUGGGUCAACCAUUCGAGACAAGAUCAUCCCCCAUGCUGUGUCAUGGUUUACCGGGGAGGCUGUUCAGGGGGAUGAGCUUGGACUAGAUGAUGGUGACAAUGACGAUUAUGAAGAUAUUGAUGAGGAUGAUGACGAGGAGGAAGAUGAGGACGAUGAAGAAGUUGAAGAUGAAGAAGAUGAGGAUGAGGAUGAGGAUGAAGGCAAGACCAAAAAGAAGUCAUCUGCUGGAAACAAGAAAAGUGGAAGAACACAAGUUGGGGAUGGUCAGCAGGGUGAGCGGCCUCCAGAAUGCAAGCAGCAGUAAAGUUUUCGCCGCAGCGUAUUUGUGAAGUCCUUAAUGCAAUGGUUGGAAGAGGGGGGGGGUAUUUGUGAAGUUCUUAAUGCAAUGGUUGGAAGAGGGGAGUAUUUGUGAAGUUCUUAAUGCAAUGCUUGGAAGAGGGGAGUAUUUGUGAAGUUCUUAAUGCAAUGCUUGGAAGGGAGAUAGGAAGGGGUGUUGAAUUUUUGGAUGUUUAUUCUUUUUUCUCUCUCUCUACAUUAGUAUGCCAUAUUCUGAACAGAUGAUUUGGACUUCUUUUUACCCUGUUGGUUUGGAGGGAAUGUGGUCAAAUAGGUUAUAAGAUGUUUAUGCUUUUGAUUUGUUCGUGUAUGCUGGGAUUUCCUUCUACUGUUAAAUGGUUAAUGAACUCUUCUUCUA